UAAAAUACCGUGGAACACGAGCUGGCGUCUAUUACUGUUUGAUAUUCAUUGAUCGAAUCAUCUAUACACGGUCAGCGAACGGUUGAUUCCCGUCCUUGCCAGAUACCGAAAAAGGUUGAGCGUACAAAAAAAGUAAGUAAAUUUAAAGAAGAAAUAUGGGUGUACCUGCAGGUGAUCCAGAAAAGGGAAAGAAGAUCUUCGUACAGAAAUGUUCACAAUGCCAUACGAUAGAAGCUGGUGGCAAACAUAAAGUAGGACCUAAUUUGCACGGUCUGAUCGGUAGGAAAACUGGCCAGGCAGCCGGUUUUGCGUAUACGGACGCUAACAAGGCUAAAGGUAUUACCUGGAACAAGGAUACUCUUUUCGAAUAUUUGGAAAAUCCGAAGAAAUACAUUCCCGGCACAAAGAUGGUGUUCGCCGGUUUGAAGAAACCACAAGAACGUGGUGAUUUAAUCGCUUAUAUCGAACAAGCGUCUAAAUAAACUCGCUGUGCGUGUAUCGAAGGUGGUGAAGCACGAAUUCGCAUGCAGGUUUAAUGUCACGCAAGAAAUCUUAGUACUAUUAUCAUCAUCUUAAUUCUUGCUGGCGUUACUCUCACAUUUCAUUAAAAAACAAACUCAUCUUUGAAGAUUCUCCUCCUUCAUUCACUCAAAGGCGUUAACUUGAUAUUCAAAAUCUAGUGACAAAUUGUUAUUGUUAAUAAGUAGAUAAUACUGUGUUACAAUUAUGUACGAUACAUUGACAAAGAAAGGGGCUGGGCUAAAACAAGCCCCGUUUCUUCAUCUUCGAAGAUAUUCCGGUCCAUGUCUCACGGAUGGCUGAGCCACUCGUUAAUCGUACAUCGUAAUUAUUUAUUGUCAUUGUACCAAUCGAAUCAUUCAACAACUAACGUUUGUCAUUUCUGUACAACGUAGUAAGAGUCAGAAUACAGAUUCGAAGAUACAUUUCUAA